GUCUCGUCUCUCCUCUUUUUCAGUGCAGCGUCCCUUCAAUUCUUCUGAGGACGGUUUGUUUCCAAAAAAAUCAAAAUAUGGGUUUCACAAUAACGCCGUCGACUGCCGCCGCGAAAUGGCUGGGAUUUGUCAUGGCCGUGUGGGUUCAAGCCAUAUCCGGCAACAACUACACCUUCUCGAAUUACUCCGACGCCCUCAAGACCCUAAUGAAUCUCACUCAAGUUGAACUCAACAACCUCUCUGUCGCCAAAGACGUCGGGAAAGCCUUCGGCCUCCUCCCCGGCCUUGCUUCCGACCACAUCUCCCCUUCUCUCCUCCUCCUCAUCGGGGGCAUCGAAGGAUUCAUCGGUUACGGCGUCCAAUGGCUUGUUGUCGCUGAGAUCAUCAGUCCUCUGCCUUAUUGGGCGAUGUGUAUAUUCCUCUGCUUAGGAGGCAACAGCACCACAUGGAUGAACACGGCCGUCCUGGUCACCUGCAUUCGAAACUUCAGAAAAAACAGGGGACCCGUUUCAGGAAUCCUCAAAGGCUAUGUGGGUCUAAGCACCGCAAUUUUCACCGACUUAUGCGUUGCCCUGUUCUCCGAUGACGCUUCGACGUUCCUCUUCAUGCUCGCCGUCAUCCCCUUGGCCGUCUGCUUCGUCGCCGCCCUCUUCCUCCGCGAAAUUCCGCCGUCCUCCACCGCCGUCGAGGAGAAAGAAGAAGUCCGUUACUUCGGCGUCAUCAACACCCUCGCCGUUAUCGUCGCCGUGUACCUCUUGGUAUACGACGUCACGGGGACCCACAGCAGCUCCUUUUCAUUAGCAUUUGCUAUUAUUCUUUUAUUCCUGUUAGCCUCACCUCUGUUGAUACCAAUCUAUAUAUCAAUCAAGAACCAGGUUCGGUCCGGUUCAGGCUCGAUUUCAGACGUGGAGGGUCACGUGACCGAAACCGAACCGCUGUUAUUGGAUGAAGAAAGUAUCGCUGUUCAAGAAACAGAGAAGAAGGAGGAGACGGAGGAAGAGGAAGCGGAGGAGGUGGCGACAGAGGCGGUGGUGGUGGUUGAGAGGCGGCCGCCGGUGAUCGGAGAGGAACACACGAUAUUCGAGUCGUUGAGAUCGGUUGAUUUCUGGAUUCUGUUCGUGUCGUUUCUGUGCGGAGUGGGGACGGGUUUGACGGUUAUGAACAAUAUGGGGCAAAUCGGAUUGGCACUCGGGUACACGGAUGUGUCCAUAUUUGUGUCGCUCCUGAGUAUAUUCGGGUUCUUCGGGCGGAUCAUUUCGGGUACGGUUUCGGAGUACUUCAUCAAGAUAGCAGGAACACCGAGACCUCUUUGGAAUGCAGCUUCUCAAAUUCUGAUGGCCGUUGGCUAUAUUAUCAUGGCUGUGGCCUUGCCAGGCUCUCUAUACAUUGGCUCAAUAGUUGUCGGAAUAUGCUACGGGAUCCGACUUGCUAUCACGGUUCCCACUGCCUCUGAACUAUUUGGGCUCAAAUACUAUGGUCUGGUCUACAACGUUCUAAUCCUCAACCUUCCGCUUGGCUCCUUCCUCUUUUCUGGCCUUCUUGCUGGAUACUUAUACGAUGCGCAGGCUACAGCCACCGCCGGAGGGGGCAACACUUGCACUGGGGCACAUUGUUACAGGCUGGUGUUUGUGCUCAUGUCUGUUGCUUGUGUAAUUGGAUUCGGUUUGGAUGUUUUGCUGGUUAUUAGGACGAAGGUGGUCUAUGCCAAGAUUUACGCUAGCAAGAAGGCGAAGAAAUCAAUGGCCUUGUCUUAAAAGAUGGUCGAAUAGGAAGAAAAUAUGUAGUAUGGGAUUGAUUGAUGCAAAUUUACUCGAUGAUAUCCCAUCCCAUCCCAUCCCAGGAUUUGGCAUUGGAUUAUCCCCUUAGCGUUGUUGUUGUAACCAAUUCAAUUCUUUUUGGUUAUCAGUUAGAUGUGUUCUCCAACACAUUUUAGCUGAAUGUUCCAAUAAUGCACUUCAGAUUGGCUAUCCUGAAACCAAGGUUAGCUUUUGGACUCAAA